GUCGGCGUCGCGUCAGGCGGCGGGGAAGGGCGCGGCUCCGCGGCCAUGGAGGCGCCGGGGAAGGGCGGCCUCGUCCUCGGCAACCUGGCCGAGGUGGUGGAGCGCGUGCUCGGCUUCCUGCCCACUAAAGCGCUGCUGCGCGCCGCCUGCGUGUGCCGGCUGUGGAGGGAGUGCGCGCGGCGGAUCCUGCGCACGCGGCAGCGCCUCGCUUGGGUGUCGGCACUGGAACCCGGCCCGCCUGGCGGACACACGCUGGUGCAGGCCUUGGCCCGAGAGCUCGAGAGGGUGCACGUGCUGCCCCAGACCGUGCUCUACAUCGCCGACGCGGAGACGUUCAGCGGGCACGAGGAGUGCCACGAGCACAAGAAAGCCAGAAAAAGAAACAGUAAAGAAACAGCCAUUGCGAUUGAGAAACUGUUGCCAAAGCGAUGUCAGGUCCUUGGACUGCUCACCCCGGGGAUCGUAGUUACCCCUAUGGGUUCAAGCAGCAACCAACCUCAAGAAAUUGAAGAUGGUGAAGCUGGGUUUGCUCUUUUGUUUCCCAAAAUUGAUGGAGUUAAAAUCCAAACCUUCCAUUUUCCUAAAGAAGUAAAGAAUAGGGUCAUUGACGAAAACAAAUUUGCUGAAGCAGGCCUGAAGAAUAAUCCAGAUCUUCGUGUGGUUCUUCUGUUCGGCUACAACUCCUGGAAGUCUGGAGCUACUCGUUUUCUUCAUCAAAUAGUCAAUCCUUUGAAUGAAAAAAGUAUCAUCCUAGCUGGGGGACAAGUGGAGAGCUUUACAUCGCUGAUCUCUGAGAAUAAUAACGCCCAGCCCAGCGAUGCCUGUGGGGUGGUUGGGCUGGCUUUCAGCGGGCCCCAGAUCCAGAGUGCCACGGUUUUGUUAGACCAGGAUGUCGCUGAUGAGAGGACAGCAGAAGCCGCCAUGCAGCGUCUGAAAGCAGCAAACAUCCCCGAGUGUAACACCAUUGGCUUCAUGUUCGCGUGUGUUGGCCGAGGAUAUCGGCACUAUAAAACCAAACGGAAUAUGGAAGCAGAUGCCUUUAGGAAGUUUUUUCCAAGUGUUCCCCUAUUUGGCUUUUUCGGACACGGGGAAAUAGGAUGUGAUCGGAUAGUUACUGGGAAUUUCGUAUUAAGAGAAUGUAAUGAUGUAAAGGAUGACCUGCUUCAUGGUUACACUACUGUUAUGACUCUCAUUCAUCUCGGUUCAACUAAAGCAAACCAGGCGUGAGUGUGUUUGCAAUGCAUCAGUGAGCUGCUUCGUCCCGAAGAGCGGACAUCCUGCAGUCAGAGCACUUCCCAAAGCAUAAGCACCAUUUUCGUAACAUUAUCAAAUCCUGUAGUUGGAACAGUUGAAUGUAAUAGCUGUGAGGAAGCCUUGCCUUUCGUGUAACCCCCUGCACGUGCUGAAAUUGCAGGGAAAUGAUAUUGAAUGGAGUUCUGCGAUCGAAGAAAGCCUCUUUUCUUUCUAAAAUGAGAACAGUUUGCACAAGUGGCAGUCAGAGGCCAAGCAAUCACCGUGUAGAAAUAAUACUUUGAUGCGCUCUAUUUAUGUAUGCGAAACAGUGCAGAAGAGCUACCAACGUGUGCUGAAAUGCUGGUGCAGGAAAUCCACCAGUUUGUGGGUUUAAGAGUGAUGCGCAGCCUGCCCAGGGUUGGGCCCUGUUCACAGACCUGAGUCGUUUACUGGGUAAAACUCAAGGAAAUCUUUAGGAAAAAAUAACCAAGAAAGUGCUCAUUAAAUAAAGACAACAUUAUGUAAAUGCACCUGGCCUUCUGUUCUUAGAGAAAAAAGCUCUGAUCUUGUGAGGUGCUCUCAGCUUUGAAGCUCAGCUCAAUUCACUAUCUUGAACUACAUUUCAGUCAUCUUAAAGGUUUGAUUUAGAACAAUACCUGAUACGUUGUGUCUACCAGCAAUCUUAGCCUUUGUGUACGAAAGUUUACACAAUCAGAGUGGACUGCUUAUCCUUCCUUUUAGAUUCUUUGUAGCCUGAUCUUCUCUGUUACAAACUUUUAACUCCACAGUACAAAAAAAUGAAGACUCUCCCUGGUAUCUUUAAGAAGUCUUUUUGCUUUUUAAUAUGAAAUUCUGGGCCACGCAAGACCUGGUGAUGUUUGUGUCCAGCCCUACGACUUGGGCUUUUGUGUUUCGUGAGCUGAAGCUUUUACAUCAGUUAUCUAUUUCGGGUACUGUUACAGAGUUCACAUAGGUAUUUUCAUUAUAUUCUCAGCGUAGCUCCUAAUAGUCUGCUCACUUACACAUUUCUUCCUCCCUUUUACUUUCACUUGGCAACAGAAUGACAAGAACCUAAGAUUUGUUUUGGACCAUUUCAUCGUGCUUUGAAAUGCCUCACUGGGCAUCUGCCCUGUUCGCAGUUUAGUAAGAGGAAAAUACUUAGCUGUAUAUUGUACAACAAUAUAACUAUCUUUUGCUGUCCGUGUAAGAGCCAGGGCUACACUUGGCCACUUCCAGUCCAUGUCUCUGUGCUGUGUAGCACUGGGAGAGGCCUCACGAGCAGGGAGAGGUGUGCCUGUCCUGAGAGCAGAACUGCUGUCUGUGGGUGCAGAGCACAGGCAGUACUUUCCCACGGCUCCGUUGGUGGUGGUGUUUCUUAACUCAAAGACAGAGGAUGUGAUCUCCCUGUGGCCUUCUUGCCAGGGACAGGAGACCAGUGACUGUGGGUGUGACUUGGAACAGCUUUACUUACUGCAUUUGGAAGAAAAAGUUGGGAAAUCAGUGUGCUUGAAUUUAAGUGGAGGACAGGGAGAUGCGUGCUUUCUCUUUUCAGCGUAACAGGAACGUCACACGUGGCCCUUUCUCACCAUGUAGCAUUACAUAUUUAACAGUAGGCAAAGAAUACGUUUUGUUGCUGUAAUACAGACAGGACUUCUGUAGUAGUUACCCCAAGUUCCAUGAGUUUGGUCUAUCACCAGCACAGCUGUUAGCAUAAACCUGUCAACUUCAACCCACACUUUGCUGCAGUAGAAGUAAAGGAAGUAUAAUCAACCACACAUCUGGAUCAAGAGUGCAAGCACGUCCAGAAGUGCCCAAAGAAGCAGCUCAUCAGCUUCAGCCAUGGCACGACGAAGCAGAAAAUGAGAAUGCAGUUUGAAGGAGCUCAUUGUUGGGGAGGUGUUCUCAGCUCGGUCCUUCGGCUAAAGGUGCUCGUGAGUGCUGGAGGUAACCACACCAUGAAGAAGGCUCUGGUGGGGAAAUCCCAAGGGCUUGCACUGCAUCCAGGAUUGUCUCCACCAGUGGGGAAGGGGGAAGAGCCCAGAGGACACCAGGACUGUGUGCUGCCCAGCUGGCAUUGCUGCACUGCCUCCCCUGGACUGUGUCAUCUGUCCCAUGUGCCAGGGCAGUGGUGUGGUACAUAGUAUUGCUACGUAUUUGAUUAAAGUGUUUUGGUAUCCAGA